GAUCCCUUCACACUACACAGUUUUUUCCUUCCUUCCUUCCGAUCUCCCCAUUCAGCUUCCCUGCCCCUUAACUGCCUGCCUCUCUAGCCUCCACCCCCUGGGCCCUUUCGUCUCCAUUGUCCCUGGCUUCAAUUUCCCUCAAACCAAACUCCUCCCUCCUCCACCCAUCUUUCUUCUCCCCAGUCUCCCUUCCCCGGACUUGAAAAUGAAUUUCUAGCCGAAUUUCUUUCUCUCUCUCUCCCCCCCUGCUGUGCAUGGGAGCCCUUUUUAGAGACAUUAUUUAAAGCACAGGUCGCUGGUUGAUGACAAUGUAAAGGAAAGAUGACGGUGGUGGUGUUAGGCCCUACAGACGAGCAGCCACGACCUCUUCUGCUUCUCUCUCUCGCCUGUAUUCAUUUAACCUUGAUGCAAAGAGGGGCUGCUAAUAAUCCCUUUGCAUUGCUAAUGGCUGCGCUUUAUCACGCGGCAGCAGAUCCCUUUCGGGGAAACAAAAAGGGUCGCCGCCGACACCGCCGUCCCCCUCCCGACAGAGGGGCGCUCUGGUUGUUGCCUCUCAUGAUCUGAGAGAAGCAAGUGCGGCCGGCUCGCUUGGCCCCUUCCGACUGGGUGGCGGCGAGGGAGGCGGCCUGACGAGGCCCUGCCCGCCGGGGGUUUGGCUGACUGGCGGGCGGAGUGACGGACGGAGCCGGCCUGCUCGCCGAGGCGCUCGUUAGAGGGAGCUGUCGGCUGGAGGGAGCGGCGCUUGCUGCAGUGAGGGACCCGCUCCUACUUCUCGCCGCCUUUUCCACCUCCUCGGGAGCCAGAGGGAGAGAGAGAGCCUCGCGCCGAGUCGCUCGCGUUAGCAGCAGGAGAAAGAGGCAGCGGCCAGCGGCGGUCGCGGCGCAGCCCAUUCCCGGCAGCAGGGGCGGGCGAGGGCUCGCAGGGCCCUGGCAGCGGCAGCCACGGUCACCGCCGCCGCUAUGACUCCCGCAGGCGUCUGGGGACCGGCCCCGGGUAAAGAGCCGGCCAGACGGAGGGAGCUGCAAAGGGAAUAGGGAGCCGGCUCCCAGCCCGUUACGUUGGGGCCAGGCCAGCCACCUCCGUGUCCAUGAGCCCGCCGUUCUCCCGUCAGAGCUGCUGCCGCCUCCAUCUCCUUCGCCAGCAGCCGCCAACCGGGGCGCACGCCGCUGCUGUUGCUGCCGCCGCCGCCGGGCCCAGUUCCUCUGGCCCUGCUGUCUCCUUUCCUCUGCGCAGCAGAAGGAAAAUACUACAGACUUCUGUGUGAAGAGAAUGGCUGUGACUUUAAAACAGGCCCAGCGGGCGGGCUGUAUGUUUCUGAAAGCACUCUUAAGAUUUGGCUUCAUGGUUGCUAAUAACCUUGUUGCUAUUCCGUCCUACGUUCUAUAUUUAAUAGUACUGCAACCCCUCCGAUUCUUGGAUAGGAAACGAUUCUGGUAUAUUGAAGGAGUAUUAUUUAAAUGGCUUUUAGCUAUGGUGGCAUCCUGGGGCUGGUGGGCAGGAUAUACAGUCAUGGAAUGGGGAGAUGACGUUAAUGUAAUCUCAGAAGAUGAAGCUGUGAUGCUGGUGAACCAUCAAGCAACAGGAGAUGUUUGCACUCUAAUGAUGUGCCUUCAAGACAAAGGCACGGUUGUUCGUCAGAUGAUGUGGUUGAUGGAUCAUAUUUUUAAAUAUACAAACUUUGGAAUUGUAUCACUACUUCAUGGAGACUUCUUUAUAAGACAGGGAAAAGCUUACCGUGAUCGGCAACUUGUGCUUCUCCAGGAACAUCUAGAAAAAUAUUACAGAAGCCGCGAUAGGAAGUGGAUUGUACUGUUUCCAGAAGGUGGCUUUCUUAGAAAAAGACGAGAAACCAGUCAGGCAUUUGCCAAGAAAAACAAUUUGCCAUUUCUCACACAUGUUACACUGCCAAGACUGGGGGCCACACAAGUUAUACUGAAAAAUCUGGUAGCUCAGCAAGAAAAUGGAACUCUGUCAGGUGGUGAUGCUGUGGAAGCAGAAAGUAAAUCUAAAGGCCUGCAGUGGGUGAUAGAUACAACCAUAGCAUAUCCCAAAGCUGAACCCAUAGACAUCCAGACCUGGAUUCUUGGCUACAGGCGACCAACAAUUACCCAUGUACAUUACAGGAUUUUCCCAAUUAAAGAUGUACCUCUAGACCCUGAAGCCCUCGCUGUUUGGCUGUAUCAACGAUUCAUUGAAAAAGAGGAUCUCUUGUCACACUUCUACAAAACAGGAGCAUUCCCUCCCCUGCAGGGACAGAAGGAAGCUGUUUCCCGGGAGAUGACCCUUAGCAAUUUGUGGCUAGUUCUCAUACAGUUCCUUGCAUUUUUGUCAGGUGGUAUGUGGUACUGCAUCCUUCAGUAUUUUUAUCAAUGCCUAUUUUAAAAGGUGAAUUAAUGGGACCUGAGUACACAAUGAGGAACUUGGUACUUUACAGAGUGCAUCAUGUUAUGUGUGCAAAUGUGAAUAUACCAGGCGAAAGGAGCAUAUUGGAUGGACUUUCUCCCCUCCUCUGGGGGUAUUUUAAACUCCGCUAGAAGGUGAGGAUCAGUAACAUAACAACCCAAUUAUGUAUUUUUAAAACUGUCAUAUUUUUAAAAGGUGUGUCCCCUCCACACACAGACAUCAGCAAAUUUGGCAUUUGAACAAGAGAUGCAAUUAUACAGCCAUCACGGGUGAACAUCUGCAGCAGGAAUGCUUUCGCCACAGGUAGUAUUCAGCAUUGUAGUUAAAACUUGGAACCUUCAGCAACUUUCUCUCCAGUAGUCUGUACUGCAAGUCUUGUGGUAGAGAUCCCUCAUCUGCACAAACUCGAAUUGUAUUGUAAUUAAUCAUGCUGGAUCUGUUUAAUAUAUUCUGCAGACCUGGUUAUAUGGUAUUGUGACUACCCCAUGUUACCUGUUUAGUAGAGACAUAUUUUUUGGGGUAACAAUAUCAGAGUGAGAUCUUGUAUUGGAUACAUAGAAAAGGAGAACUACUUGCAAAAAGGCAUUAUGGUAUCAUGAAGUGUUGAAAGAAUUGUGCAUACCUCAUCGCCCCAUCUAUCCCUUGUGAAUGUCCUCUUAUAAGAGUGCAUCAGAAAAUGGCACAUCACUUAAGCUACUUCCCAUUUUGGUUUUAGAAUGCAUUUUGUGAAUUGAUAAUCCAUCUUUUUUGCAAAAUGCACUUUUGAAAAUGCAAUACAACAAAGGAAAGGAACAUAGGUUGAAUACAUUUAGAUGCUGCUCUUAACAGAUUGGAUUCUUGAGCGCUAUUAGCAGUUCCGAAAGCUGUGGAUUUUCAGCACUAAAAGUGUGUAAAUGGCCACAGUAUAGCCAAGGUAGUGGGGUUUUUUAACCUUACAGAGGCCUUUUAUUUCCAUUGGACACAAUAGCACUCAGACCAUCUGUGGAAAAGUUUACAUAUACAUGCCAAGCACCUCGAUACUUCACUUAUAGGAAAAAUAAGAGGUUCUUAGCCUAGACACUCAACAAUAUAUCUAAUCAGUGGAGUUAUACAAUAGGAAGAUACUUGCUUUACCAUCCUUACCUACUGAAGAAUUCUCUAAACCAUGAAGGGCAUUAUUAAAUCUGCCAUCUUGCUGAAGAAUGUCACUGUCAUAGAAAGGGAUUUUUUAAAUUUAAAAGGCAGAUUGGCAUGACAGCAGGGUUUCAGGUGAUCACUUUACAGUUUAUAAUGGUGUUGAAGGAAAGGCAUCUGUGUUUGCUGUCUUUCACUUUUGGAAUGUUUGGCAUCAUGGAUCUGUGACUACAUCCAAGAUAAAUCAAAGAACCAUUCCUAGCAAACAGUUUCAAGUCUAUACAUACAGACCUGUAGAACUGGACUGCAGUGGCAGAAUGUUGUCUUCUAUGGACUGUAAUUUUUUUCUAAGAGCCAAGUCAACAGUAGUUGUUUGUGCUGAGUUUGCAGUAUAUAUUAUCCUGUGUUUUUUUUGUUUUUUUUUGUUUUGUUUUCCCCUCAAAUUACAUGAGAACCAGUUUUGGUGAGUAGUAUACAAAAUAAAAAUAUAAAACCACA